CAGUUCACACACGCUUUGUCCUGCACAACAGAGAGGCAGUAACAGGAGGGUUUUUGCAGCCUUCAUCAGAGUUUCACAAGCCAAUAGUUCGGCUGUUGCCUGUGCAAAGGCCAGACCAUGUGUGUGACUGCCCAGCAGGUAACGUUGAGGUUUCACCCGGCGCAAUUGUGGCUCUUGUAACCAUAAAUGGCUGUUAUAACCUUGCACUGCCAGUGGUGAGCUGCACCAGCUGUGACCUAAUGUGGUCCCCCUCAGUUAAGGACAUCCUGGGUAGUGGAUAUUGGCCUGGCACCUUAAAUUUCUGCACCCUGUUUUCAAUGGAUGUCUUUCAGUCUUUCUAUAACAUUAAGAAGGCUGCACCAGGGAUGUCACUUAAGGCAUUUGUCAAAAUGCUGGAUGAAAGAACAGCCCAUUUCGGAAGGACUGGCCGAAUAUCAGCUGAUGCCUUCAGUAAAAGUUUUGUGGAGUGGAGUGCUGUUUGAGGUGGACGAGAUGUGCAAGGAGCCAUGCUUUAGCUGCCCUGCCUGCACUCCAGACGUGCUUGCCGUCUCAGUUGAUGGAAACUGUAAGCUUUAUCGCUUUCAAUCUAAUGCAAGCACUUCAGAGCAGGCGAACUUUGAAGGUGUCUUCAUUGAAAAAGAUGAGGAAGUUGCUGAGUUUAUGAAAUACAUUCAGAGACACACAAAUGAUCGUCCCAGGACAUAUUACGUUCCUUUGCUCCGAUGUGUCCUGUAAAUAUUUCCCAUAUUUAAUCAAGGUGGCUCAGCUGAGGAACCCCUUGUCAAUGCGUCCUUUUCUCUCCGUCAUGCAUGCAAAGGCUCUCAUUUGGAAAUGCGAGAUCAAAUGGGGAGGUGCGUUUCAGGAUGGGGCCGGUUCUACAGUUGGAAAAGAGGGCGAACAGACAUGCUGACCCUCCUGGCUUUGGGGUGGACCAAAAGGAAAGUGGAACAACUGGGCCGCAGUUUGAGCCAGAGAUAUCUCAAGAUCAUAAGGAUCCUUAGAGAACAAGUGGAGAGCCUGAAUGCGACCAAAAAUGAGCUGUGUGUGGAUGACGACACACUGCAGCAAUGGGUGGCCGAUGUGCAGAAAUGGGCUGAAGAAACUGAUCAAACUGAUGGCAGCUUUGGAGCGUUGCAGGCACGAAUAGAGGAGCUUGUCGUCAUCAUCAGAGUGCGAACACAAAGUCUUUACAGACAAAAUGAUAGCAACAAGAGGCGACACAGAAUUCGCAAGGUCAUAUUAGAUGAGAAAAAACGCUUGGCGGGUGCUGUUGACGACUACAACAAGCUUGCUGAACCAACAAAGCAAAUCGUAUCCAGUGAUGCCCUCAUGCAGACCGACAUUUGGCCCUGGCAGAGCACAAGUGAACCUGCUGCUGACGUCCGGACAAAGAGAAAGGUCUUUGAGAAGGUGAUGGCUGUGAGGCGCCUGAGAGAGGAGGAGAUGAUCCUUUGCAGGGAGAUGCAGCAUCACUGGACAGUGUUGCGAAUGCGAUCUGUGGUGUUGGGGACAAUCUCCUCAGACUCCUCCCUUGUUGGCAUGUCGGAGGAUGCACAGAAGGGACUCCGUAGCCUGGUUUUAAAAAAACAAAGUGAACUGAAAGCUGAAAUGCUCAAAAUAAAGGACAUGUACAAGAGAAUCCUCAGCCACCAACCACUCCUGGAAAUGGACUCGGAGGACGAGGACAUUCCAGACGAUGCCACUGAGAGUGAUUUGAGCACUUCUGAUGAAGACUGAUUGUGUCACCAUUGAUGUUAUUUUUGGUAAAAUAAAAAGUUAAUCACAUCUCUGUUUAAUGUG